AUCAGGAAAGAAGCGCAACCAAAAACCGGAGGCCAAAGAAACGGCGACCAGAUGGCGGAAGCGAAAUCGACCGCCGGGGAUGUCAUGGACGCGGCGGCCAGCAGCGCCGGGCAGAGAACUGCCGGGGUGGCCGGCCUCCUCCGCGGGUUCCUCGCCUUGCAGCAGCGCCGCGCCGAGGCUUACUCCAAGCUCCGAAGGGGUUUCUCUGAAUAUAUGGCUAAUGGAGGUGAAUGUGCUUAUCAACAACUAUGUGGGAAUGUUACAGCCGAAUUUAAUGAUUGCUCAACACAGAUUCUUGAAAUGGUGUCCCUCUUCUCAAAGCCAAAUUUUUGUCGUGGAGACCUUGCUAACUUAUUGAAGGAUGUGCAAGCAUGUGAGAGAGAUAAGUUGGAGCUGACAGCGAGGAUUCAGGUGUUGAAGAAAGCUGGCCGUCCUUCGGAACGCCUGGUAAACCAUGAGCACUGCAGGUCAAGCAGCACGUCCCAGCAUGUGUGUGCGAACCUCAAGGAGAUAACCGAGGCUUCCGGCACGGAAGACGCCGAGGCGGACGCAGAGUACGAUGCUGCUCUGAAGGAGGCCAUACAGAGCAUUCAGGAGGCAGUGACCAGAAUUAACGAGCAUAUGGAGGAGGUGCGGUACGAGAUCGACGCCCUCGAGGCAGACACGGUUGACAGCAGGCUGAGUGAAGUCGAGGAAGCUUUCCCUGAUGCUCUCUUGAUAGAGUAGAGGAGUGAUAGUCGCUGAAGUCUUAGGCCGGGGAAGGGUUUCUAAGCAGAGUUGGCUGCGACAUGGAGUAUUUGAAGAAUUAGAGCUGUUUUCGUAGUUAAUUUUUGUGAAAAGUGAGAAUGGAUAGCCUGUUUCUACUAACAACAAACAAUAUUAGCGUGCUAGCUAUUUGAAAGAGGUGAUAUGAAGAUUUUAGUUAA